ACAACCGUCAAUCUGGUUCUCGUCAUUAAAUUUGUUCUCUCAGCAAAUGUGAACAUAUUGGCCAAUACAGUCAGCAAAAGAGCAAUGGAUAGAAUUCAUACAAAAAAGAAAAGUGCGCUAACCCACGAUAGAAGUUUUAAAUGUCGCCAUGCAUCCGAGCCACAACGUCGAUUUGCACUACACUCUCUAGCUCUGUCUCUACAAUGAUUGUCACAUCGGUCCUCACAAUAUCCCUUCAUGGGUGGCUGGUGCGCAGUGCCACCGUCUACUCUCGCGAUAUCUACAUAGAUUUCGACGUCAACCAAGUGGAAAACCUCACAUCUCAAAAACGAAAGAGCGACCGCAAAUGGGGAACUCAAUUCCAAAAUCUUGUCAAGCUAUUAACUUCCUUCGUCUCUGUCUUUGAUGAUAUUGCCUUCCAUGAUGGUCCCACUUUUCUCCCCUUUAGACGUACAUUCCAACUGUUGACCCCUACAUAAUCCGUCUGGUUCUUUACACCUCCCUUCCCGCAAAGCUUUGCAAGUCUCAGAUCAAGGCAUUUACGCCACACCAGUGGUAGCCUGGA